CUUUCAAUCUCCUUCUUAUAUAUAUAAUAACACAGCUUGUACAUAAUACACAAACCCCCUUCACCAAUAACAGUCUCCAAAAAUUUAUAGUAUAGUUUGUUUAUGGAGAUGGCUCGAUCAUCUGUACCUCUGAUCGCUGUGUUAUGCGUUUCGCUACUGCCACUUGCGGCCAUGGCGGUUGGAACGCCAUUCCACAUUGAAGGAUGUGUUUACUGCGACACUUGCCGAUUUGGGUUCGAGACCAUCGCCACUAAAUAUAUCACCGGGGCAAAAGUAAGAAUAGUUUGCAAAGACAGACUGACAUUGAAAUCGGAGGUGGUUGGUGAGGCCGUGACGAGACGCCGGGGAAGAUACAGAGUUGCCGUCACAGGAGACCGACAGGACCAGCAAUGUGUGGCGGAGCUCGUCCACAGUCCAAUGUCCAACUGCCACGUGGCUGAUCCUGGCCGAAGCACCGCCACCGUGAUCCUCACGCGCUCCAACGGCGCCGCUUCUACACGUCAUUUCGCCAACGCCAUGGGUUUCUUACAGGACCAACCGCUUCGUAGCUGCGCCGCUCUCCGCAAACACUACCUCGCCGACGGCGACGUCCGAGCUAUUUGAGCCAUGCUAAUACUCACUUCAUGUUCUUCUUGGUGAAACAAAAACAAAAACUUAAUGUUAAAAAGAAAAAGAAAAAAAAACUUGAUUUAUAGUUUUUAUUUUUAUUUUGCGUUAUAUUGUCGUUGAAUCUUUAAAGCUAGUGACAGUGUGACACUAUUUACUAUUUAGACAUAUUUAAAGAACUUCAUAAAAUAAAGUAUUUGCAACCUUAAAAGAACUUUUCUCAUGUUGAUGAAAAAAAAGAAAAGAUUUGUGUUAUGUUUCUGUUACCUAUAUUCAACAAUCUCG